CACCGAACACUCCAUACCGAUCUAGGGUAAGCGCGGUGCUCACGGGAAGCACACCACCGCCGCCAUCUCUCUGCCAUCGCCACCAUUGCCAUCGUCACCAUGGCUGGCUCCGGCUCAAGCUCGUCCACAACAGGCGAAGGGUGCCCCAUUAUGUGCUCCAUUGCCGAGUGCACUUCCGCAGGGGAGUUGCUUAUGACGAUAAAGAGCCAGUUCACUGGCUCUUCAAAGAUAUAUGCCACCCAAGUGUUAGAGCAACUAGUGACACAACGCUACACAGGUGGUAGUCAUGGAAUAAGAGAGCACAUCCUGAGGAUGAGCAAUAUGGCAGCAAAGCUAAAGCCCAUGGAUGAGGAUCUGGAUAUCAAACCAAAGCUCCUGGUCCACCUAGUCAUGGCUUCACUACCAAAGGAGUUCAAAACUUUUGUUGUAAACUAUAAUAUGUCACCUGGAACAUGGGGCAUUGAAAAGACAAUAGCAAUGUGUGUCCAAGAAGAGGACAGACUCAAAGCCGCACAUGGUGGUUCACUCAACUAUGUGAAGGAUUACAAGAAAAAGAACUACAAUCAAAACAACAAAAGUUCUCCUUCAAAGCAUGGAAAAGCUCCAUAUCAGCAUCAGCAUCAGCAACAAACUUUCUCAGUGGACAAAGACACUUGUCUCCACUGCAAGCAGAAAGGGCAUUACAAGAAAAACUGACUGCGGUGCUUGGCUGAAGUCAAUCAUGGCAAAAAGAGGGAUUCCAUUCGACGCGGACUACGCUAAGAAGCGAAAGACGCAUUGAAGUGGCAAAUGGCAUUGAAGCAGAAGUUGAAGUUGUCAGUGACAUCUCCUUGGAG